AAUUGGAAAAACCGAACUCAAACACAGCUCUCGACUUGUAUUUGGUAGCUCUGAUUAUUGCUGACUUAGGCAUCGGAGUGUCUACCCCGAUGACCCACCUCGGGGCUUUGCAGGUCUACCGAAGUGUAAGAGGAGUGACACAUCUGAUUGUAGCAGUUGACUACUUCACAAAGUGGGUCGAAGCACGACCUCUGUCCCGCCUGACCUCCAAAAAGAUUGAAGAUUUUGUCUUUAGUGCAAUCAUCUGCCGAUACGGCAUACCUAAUCAAAUCGUCACCGACAAUGGACCUCAAUUUAAUUACACCUCUUUCCGGCAUUUUUGCUCCAGCUAUGGAAUUAAAUUGCUAUUCACUUCGGUUUAUCACCCCGAGACAAAUGGGAUGGUUGAAUCAGUGAACAAAGCUAUUCUGGAAGGAAUCAAGCCGAGGUUGGACCUGCUCAAAACCAAGUGGGCAGAUGAACUCAACAGCGUAUUGUGGGCUUACCGAACUACCACUAGGACGGCCACAGGCGAAACGCCCUAUCAUCUGGCCUUUGGGACUGAGGCAGUCAUUCUUUUUGAACUUGGUAUCCCGAGCUUGAGAGUUAGCCAUUUCGACCCAGCCCGAAAUGACCUACUACUCCGGGAAGAUCUUGACCUCUUGGACGAAGUCUGUGAACGUGCUCGACUUCGGACAAUGGCAUAUAAGCAGAAAAUUGCAAACUUUUAUAACAAACGAGUUCGCCGUCGAAGCUUCAAAAUUGGUGACCUCGUCCUCAGAAAGGCAGGACUCACCGGCUUCGAAACCCGCUUCGACAAGCUAGCACCGAACUGGGAAGGCCCGUAUGUGGUGGCCGAAGUGCUCCCCCGGCGCUUAUGUACUUCAAGACGCCGAGGGCAAAAGGAUCCCUAGAGUAUGGAAUGUAAACAAUUUAAAAAAAUUCUACUCUUAAUAAAGCUUACUCCUAUCC